AUGCCUCUCCUGGAGUCUAAGCUGUUCUGGCAAGCCUGCUAUCUAUCCAAUUCUUCCUCAGCCAGAGGCUGUCACAGAAACGAGCGUCCCUUUGUUAUUGCCCACUCCGGCCGAAUAUAA